AUAGUUGUUUUCAUGAGUCGUCAUGGUCAAAACUGAUUGGUUCAAAAUUGAUCCUUCGGUGGGUUGGGGAUAGUUCAAUAUUUAUAGUCAACUGCACGUAGAAAAUAGAUUUAUUUAAAUGUGGACAUUUGGGAUUUUUUUUCUUUUUUUCUUUUUCCUUCAAAUGGGGUUCUAAAGUAAUCUUUUGUUUAUGGUGAUAAAUGAUGAUACCAAAAAUGUUAAUUGUUUGAACUUUUAUUUAGUUGGCUCAAUAAUUAAAGAAAAAUUGUGUCUAGUUCCUUUUCAUGGGGAUGGAAGAAGUUCACUGGUAAAAGUUCUUUGGUCACUAACAAUCUUCUCUCAACAGAUAUGGAAAGCAUUUUGUUUUUUGGUUUUUGUUUAUCUUAUAACUGAAAAAAAAAAGAGUAGAAGGAAAUGAUUAGAGUGACUUUUUUUUAUCUAGAUGUUGUCAUUGUAGUAUCCUACUAGCUUUGUGAAUUCUAAUCCUUACUUCACCUAAGAUUUUCUUUUGGGAAAUUAAGUUCCAUCACCUAAGAAAUAACCAGAGACUCUUUUGUUUGGAUGUCCAUGUUGUGUAUCCAUUUAAAUUCUUUUUCUUUAAGUCCACCAUGAAUGAUUUGUUUUUUAGAUAAGUGAUAUUUCGUUUGUGUUAAUGGUUUUUCAUUUACUUUAAAUUCUUUUACUUUAUUUUCUUUACAAUGAUUGUUUUUCUUUGUCAAUUAUAUUAUUUGUUGGCUUCCUCUCUCUCUGUCAAUAUAUAUUAGUUUUUGGCCCCCCUAAGAAGAAUGUCUCCACCUGAUGGACCAUCACAUGAGAUGGUUGUCCCUACUGCAUCUAUUAAUAUGCCCAACAAACGGAAAAGAGGUAGAAAUCUAUGCACCAAGUUUAAAAAAUUGAGGGAAAAUGGACUCGUUCCGACAACCAUCCCUCCAGGGGCCAAAGGACCUGUGGGCGAAAAUGCUGGUGUGUUUACAAGAAGGGUGGGCUUCAUCGUUCGUGAACAUGCGAACCUUAGCUAUGAAUCUUGGUCUAAGGCCCCAUAAGAACACCGACAAAUGUUGAAGAAUCGUUUGGUGGCUGAUUUCACGUUGGACUCAAAUCGUGUUGAGGAUAAGAUGUGUAUGGAGAUUUCAUUGUCAAGUUGCUAUAAUAAUGUUCGGAGUAACUAUUACAAGGAGUACUUGCCAUUUAGUAAGGAGGACGUGAGGGCCAAUGUUCCACCAGAUUUGACACAGGAUAAAUGGGAUGCUUUAUGUGAUCUAUAUGAAACAACCUCAUGGAAGAAAAAGUCUGACCGGAAUAAGGAGAACAGAGGAAAGAACAAAACUGGUCACACUUGUGGAUCCAAAUCAUUUAUUGCUUACUAUGAAGAGAAAAAACAAGGUGGUAAAGAGAUUGGAAAAGUGGAUUUUUAUAAGAUGACCCGCACAAAGAAAGAUGGUUCUUUUGUGACUACUACCAGUGAAGAAAAUUACAAUCUAAUGAUAGAAAAAGUAGCUGAUGAAGAGAACCAAAGCACUGAGGAGGAAAUUUUUACAGAAGUGCUAGGGACAAGGCGAGGCUUUGUAAGAGGGAUGAGAAAAUUUGUGAUUCCGACCCCAACCCCUUCUUCUCAUUUGCGAUAUGAGACAAGCAUGAAUAUGGAGUUGGAAACCUGCAAGCAAGAUUUGUCCAAUACGAUGCUGAAACUGUCUGAUGCGGAGCAAAAACAGGGUGAGUCGGAUCAAAAACUUGCUGAAACAAAUGGCACAGUUGCAGAGUCAGGUAGAGGAACAACAUCAGCAACUAGCUAUACUGAUGGCAAGGUUUGGUAGCUAGUCUAUAAGGUGGUUAGUUUAUUAGUAUUUGAGACUUUGUUAUUACUUUAUGAAGACUUUGUUAUUACUUUAUGAAGACUUUGUUAUUACUAGUUGAAGAACUUGUUAUUACUUUAUUAGUAUUUGAGACAAUAGAUUGGAAUUAAAAUUAUGUAUGUGAUAUUGAACUUGGGAAUUGUUUUUCCUUAUUAGUAGUUAUUGCCUUUAUUCCUUUGAUGGUU